AUGACAUUAACGGCAACUCAAAUUCCAACAAAAACAGAGGUUAAUCUUCAGAGGCUAUUGGCCGUAUGCGAAGAGCGUGCAUCGAAGGAAAAUGGCUUGAUCCGUGGUCCCGAGAAAAUGAAAUAUAAUAUCAAAUACCUCCGUAAACUACUAGAGCAAAUCGAGAAGGAAGCCGAAGAGGUAGAUAAGACGGCCAUUAGCGAGUAUGAGCGCAAGAUCCAACGCUUGUCUGACAUUGUUGAUGAGUUUAAAUUGAUAUCUCCUGUGACUCGAACUUUCUCACAAGCGCGCUUCAUAAAGCAUGCCCAUCAAUCACAAGAGGAUAAGAACAAGGAGAAUCAAUUGGAGCUAAAAAUGGUUAGACAGGCCGAAAAGGAAUUGAAAGAAGAAUUGAUGCAGAGACCGAAGAUGUUCGAUCGUAUUCCGAAAAAAGAUUGGUUGUUUUCUUCCGACAACUCGGGUUCCGACGUGAGACAGCGAAGGCCGAUCUUUGACCAAGAGGAUACUUCCAAUAUCGAAACCGUUCUACGACAUCACCGAAAAACGCAGGAUGAACUUACCAACGAUUUGGUAAAGAUGGUCGAGAGGUUAAAGAUGAAUUCAGUAAUCUUUGGCGACAUAUUGACGAAGGAUGAAAAGGUCAUUGACGAAGCGCAAAAUACUCUCGGGAAAUGGAGGAAUUUUGCUCAUCCAAACAAAAGAACAAAAAUUGCUCACAACUCGGACGGAGCGGCUUCAACGAUCGAGAAUACCCGAGUGCUGAGAAGCGACGCAUUAAGAGAAGACGAUGACUUGAGGCAUAAAAAGUCAACGGCUAAUCCAAACCGUUCUGAUUCAUCAGCGGAAAAAAGUUCCAUCGAAUCUAAUCAACUCGACAUGCACGAAACCAAGAUUUUAAAAGUGCCGGUCGUCGAAGAAAACGGAAAGCAAAGCGUAGACGAGAAUCAUGUAUUCGAAGAUUGGAUGGAAGGUUGGGAAGAUUUUGAUUUCACAGAUUGGAACGAGAAUAGGGAUGAAGUGAAUCGUGCCGAAUUGGAGAGAGGUCAAUCAUUCGGUGAUGUAAGGAAACUGGAGGUCUUUCAAACCCAACUUGGUCACUAUUUUUCACAUGGAAUUAAGAAAAAUGAAAAGGUGGUCACCUUGAUCAAUGAAAACGGAGACUUUUGCUAUUUACAUCUGCGCGAUGAUUGGCUAGAGACAUCGAUAUGUGACGGAAACACUGUCAAUGUUUUUGGAAAAUUUGACGAUGACAACAAGUGUAUAGUUGAUAAUUCGCAAGGUCUUGUGAUAGUGCGCCCUGAUGUUCUGAUAUCGGCGACCUCUGUCGCCGAUUCGUUCACGUGCAUGCGGAAGGGAAUUUUGAGCGAUCGAGUUAAUGGGAAUUUUUUUUACAACUCUGCGUUAACCUACGGAAGCUUGUUCCACGAAUUGAUACAGGCAUGUCUUGUAAACGAAAAUUUCACCGAUUCCUUCAUUGAGUCCGAGGCCGAAAAGCUAACAAAGCAGUCAAUUGAAAAACUCUAUUCGGCCGAUUUGAAUGAGGAAGAAGUGAUCAGGGAGUUGAUAGGUGAAAUUCCGAAAAUCCAGGCCUGGGCAGGUAGGUUUAUCGGUGAUACACCGAAGCCAAUAGAGGAACAUCUUUCAACUAGCAAUGUUAAGCCUGCCAUUUGUAUCAGUAAAGUAAUGGACAUCGAGGAACACAUUUGUUCCACGACCUAUGGUCUCAAGGGAAAAAUUGAUGCCUCGGUGGAGGUUAAGUUAUCGGAGAAUGGGGUUUCAAAAAAGCUGAUAAUGCCCUUUGAACUGAAAACUUCGAGAAAUGUGUCGUCCUCGCACUUUGCACAGACCGUCUUUUAUUGUCUCUUGAUGAGCGAUCAUUAUGACAUUGACGUAGGGUCAGGACUACUUUAUUACCUAAAGUCUCAAGAUGAGGAAACUGGAAAGAUGAUCAAAGUACCAGUUGUUCCUCACGAGUUGAGAAGUCUGAUGAUUCAACGCAAUAGGGUGGCUUGGUUUGCGUCCGACGCACAAUUUUCAUCGUUACCACCGAUGAUUAACAACAAAUUUCAAUGUGGCAAUUGCGCCUCGAAUACCUCGUGUUUCCUCUACCACAAGGCCAUUGAGAAAGGAUCGGGGGCGGGUGAUAUCAGGGAUUUGUUUGAUCACAUUGUCUCUCAUUUGCAAGAUCAUCAUCUCGACUUCUACAGAAAAUGGGAUGAACUCAUCUCGUUGGAAGAGGAAGAUUUGUACCGAUUUCAACCUGAAAUUUGGAACAUGCUAUCCACCAAAUGUGACGAUGAUCUGUGUCUCAGCAAUAUGCGUUUGGAUCCGGACAGUAUUAAUAUAAUUCCCAAUGGCGAAGGGAACAAACGUUUCAAAUGCAAAUUCGUCAAUCAGAUGGGGAGGGCGAAUUUCGUCUUGGACACCCAAUUCUGCGUUGGGGAUCACGUGAUCGUGUCCUCGGAGCGGGAACAUCGUACAGUAGCGAGCGGGUUUGUCGAGAACAUUGCACCGAAUUAUAUCUGGUUAACUUUGGAUCGAAUACCUCGCAACGGUCCAAAGUGUAAGGUCGACCUCGAAAUCGAAUCUUGUCACGGCCAUUUGGAAUUGUGCGAGAACACGUCGGCCGGUAACUACCUGGAAAUGGAUGUUCACGAGACGCUGUAUCGAAUUGACAAGGACGAGCUGGCCUCCAACAUGAGACUCGUGCGUCAAAACCUUGUGAGCCUUCUCGUCGACGAGGAAACUGCGAGGCUUAGAAAAUUGGUUGUGGAUUUCGUACCACCAAGAUUUGGUCGCGCCAAUGAAAAGUUAUCCGAUCAUGAAGACAUGAAAAAUUUGAAUGAAGAUCAGAGGAAGGCGGUCAAACUCGCGUUGAAUGCCGAAGAUUACGCGAUCAUUUUGGGAAUGCCGGGAACCGGAAAAUCGACCACGAUAGUACAAAUCAUCAAGUCGCUGGUGAGGGACGGAAAGUCCGUGUUACUUGCAGCUUACACGCACUCGGCCGUAGACAACAUCCUCUCCAAAUUGGUUCGCGAGGACAUAGACGUGCUAAGAAUUGGCACAAAGGCCAAAGUUCGACCCGAUAUAUGGCCAUUCCUGUUGGACAUGGAAAACUUUGAUAGCGUGAAUCUGUUCAGAUCAUUCUUAGAAUCGAAACAGCGAAGAUUUGACUAUUGCAUUAUUGACGAGGCAACGCAAGUGACCCUUCCAAUUUGCGUGGGCCCACUCCGCUUUGCCAGCCGGUUUCUCUUGGUCGGCGAUGACUUUCAACUGCCACCGCUGGUACGCAACCGUGAGGCGAUCGAAAAGGGAAUGGACAAAAGUCUAUUUACGACUUUGACCGAAAAGCAUACCCGAGCGUUCACAAAGCUAAGAUAUCAAUACCGCAUGAACGAAGACAUCAUGAAUUUAUCCAAUUGUCUCAUUUAUGAUUACAAAAUGCUAUGCGGAUCCCCGGCCGGUCCCAGUCACUACUUGUCGAUCCCCAAGUGGAAUGAUAACUUUCUAUCGCGAUUUCAUAGGGACUGGGAUAGUAAUGAUGAUAAUCGUUGCAAUGUCGAAUGCUGGCUCCGAAUGGUUCUCGAUCCCAAGAAGCCGGUGGUGAUGAUUGAUACCGAUAACCUUGAAGCCAAUGAAACCCGCGGGCUGAACCAAAAUAUUAUCGAAGCUUCUCUUGUCGAACAGUGUGUCAAGGCCAUGGUGGUCGGGGGAGUACACCGAAAAGAAAUUGGUAUCAUCACCCCAUUCCGUCAUCAAAUCAAGCUUUUAACACAGAAAUUCAAGGAUCUGCCCGACAUUGAGAUAAGUACCGUCGACAGAUUUCAGGGUAGAGAAAAGGAGGUUAUAGUGAUGUCGCUGGUAAAAGCGAAUACAGAUUAUAAGGUCAGUGAUAUCCUGAAAGAUUAUCGCCGGCUGAAUGUGGCGAUCACCCGUGCGAGAUCAAAAUUAAUUAUUUUUGGUAGCAAGUCAACUGUCUCCGCUUCCGAGUUGAUGCGUCAUAUAAUAGAUCACAUUGAGAGUGCACAAAUGGUUUACAAGCUUGAUGACAAAAACGCACCCCAUCUUCACGUCAUUCCCAAGAUAGACGUGUCGCCGGAGGUCAUAGAGAAAAAAUCCAAGGUUGACAAACAACUGCCCAGGCAACACAAAAAUGCCGGAAUUCCUGGAGUCCUGCUCAGAAACAAUCAACUAUUGCGCGACAUAACGAUCGAUCUGAACCCGACAUAG